GCGCCCGGGGCUGGAGGGGGGGAGUCUGCAGAAGUGCGGCUUGGAAGGGACCCCCGGGGGUCAUCUAGUCCAACCCGCUGCUUCGGAGAGCAGGAGGGGGCAAGCGCAAGAGCAGCUGCCGUAUCCUGCACUGGGCAGCAGCGAGUGUGGCUCAGGAGCGGGAAGAGAGUGCCUCUAGGCGUGGGCAAAGUGCCUUCGCGUGGCUGCUGGGCAAACCUGGACAGCCUUGCCCAACCGGGCGCCCUCCCCCUGCUUCAGAUUCCCAACUCCAGGGAUGGGAUGGCGGCUGGAGUCCAGCUACCAGGAGGGCAACCUGGCUCCCCACCCGCAGGGCCAGUGGUGAUCGAGGGGUGGGUGAAAAGGCUCCGCACUCUGCACAUGCUCCGGAGCCGCCCUUCGCUGUGCCUUGGCAUUGCCAUUGUUUCUGGGUUUAAGCGUUUGGUCUUUCCCCCGGGGUUCCAGGUAGGGGGAAGCUGCCAGGUAAGCCGGGGCAGGUGAGUGGGUGAGGGUCCUCCUUCUCCCUCUCCAAACACCCUCAGCCGCCUGCCUGCCCCUGGCACCCCGCUGAACUGGGCACGCAGCUUACCCACCUCUGCUUGGCACGAGGAGCUGCUGCCAAGGGGGCCGGGGGUGGAAUCUGAAGUUUUUACAUGGAUGAUUAUUCCUGUGGUUGGCAUAAUUUGAUGCCCAAGGACGCUGAGCUGGUUGCAAGGCCUUCUCUUGACCCAAAAUGAAUGCCCUCCUCGAGAGGAGGGUGAGCUGAGGGCGCACGGCUUGGCAAGGGUUAAGAGGAACGGAGCUGCCUUCCUAGAGGGGACAGGAAGUCAAGCGGGGGGGCAGGUCCUCCAAAGCAACAGCCCCUCCCUCCCAGCCAGCUCCCUUUUUGCAAGGGGGGGGCGCUUGGUUUGUCUCCUCUGCAAAGGAGGCGCCUCCGGGGAUCCGGUGAGUCUUCUCUCUGCUCCCCUUUUGGGUGCAUUGGGGAGAGGGGAGGGGGCGUCCAUCUCAUGCAUGGGGAGACCCCCAAGUCAGGGGCAGCAGAUCUGCAGCAGAUCGGCCAGCCUCGUCUGCCUGGGAAUCGAGAAAGAGGCUGCUGCUGGCCCCUUGGGGGAGGGAUCUUUCGGAGGGGGGGCGGAUAACGGCAGGCAAAGGAAGCCCAUUCAGAAAUAGGCUGGGGAAAAUCAGCCAGAUGGGCGGGGUAUAAAUAAAUAAAUUAUUAUUAUCAUUAUUAUUAUUAUUAUUAUUAUUGGCAUUGUCACAUUUAUGAACGGCAUUUGAAGCCGGAGAGGAACAGCUGGACAUAAAAUAUACGCAAAAAUAAAAACCCCUAUGCAGUCAGUCGAGAAAGGCUGUUGGAAGAUGGAGAACAGAAAGAGCUUCUUCCUUUCGGGCAGAGUUAAACCUUUGGAACUCCCUCCCACAGGAGGCAGGGAGAUGGAGGAGGAAAGGGCGACUUGGGGGUCUGCUAGGCACAAGGGCCAGGCUCUGCCAGGGGCUGGGAAGGAAGCGCGGGGAGAGAGAGGGGCUCUUGCACUCCAGUCCUGCGGGGGGGGGGGGGGGCUUCCCAGAAGAAGCCCCUGUAAGAACAGGAGGGGGCACUCAAGAGGGGGCCCCUUUGGCCUGAUCCUGCAGGGCUCAUGUUCUGAUGCAGAGUUCCUCCGGUUGUAAGCGAACCCUCCCUUGUCCUCCAGUUAGAAGGAAAGCUUUCCCCACCACCCGUUCAUCAGGCCGGGAACUUAUCCAGACUCCUGGCUGACCCAGGUGCGCCCGUUCAGACAUGCAGCCUCUCAGGUGUCCAAAUGAUCUUCUGAGACUGACCAGGAAGCCCUGAACAGAGAACCACCAGAGGUCUCCCCACCCAAGGAAUCGAAGACCUGCUGGGAAGGGAGGGAACCUUGGGAGGGAUGGGGGUGAAAGAGGCAGGCCCCCCGCCCCCAGUGCUGAGAGUUACUGGGAGACCCUCUUCCCACCUGGCAAGGAGGACGGUUGCCUAGCCACUCCAAGGGAACCUCUCCUAGCAGCGCUCAGCACCCUUUACAAACUACAGUUCCUGGGAUUCUAUGGACUCUUUAAAGGGGUCUCAUCCUGCUUUACAGCCCGGGGGGGAGGGGCUGGGAGCGUGUUGUCUUUUUGGAAUAACUUAAUUGAGCUUUAUAGCAAGGUUCAAGGGAAUAAUGACAAAUGAAGGAUACAAAGAAAUAUUCUCUUCUGUUGUAAUUUGUACACCACAAAAAUAGCACAAUAGCUUUAUGGGAAUAUCUGCAACAUAUAGUUCAUUAUUAGAGGUCAGGCAGUGUCUGAGUUCUUGGUUUGUGAAUAGGUUUAAGCAAAAGCAGAAAAAGGGCCAACAGGACAGAGCCGUUAACAGAUAACACUGAGCAUCACAUAGCCAAACGCCUGAGGCUUUGUUUAUUUUCUUCCAUGCUUGAGGCUUUAUGUUACUAUUAUUAUUGUUUGUUGGUAUUUUUACUACUAUUACCGCUGUUCCAGAGCAGAGUGUAACCAUUUAAAAUUAUUUUAUAAAGUCAAAACAAAUAACAAUCAGAGGAAUAGGCUGGGUCCUCCGUUGUCAGAGGCCUUGGGAAAGAGGGGGAGGUGCCUGUGUGGGGAGGGAAUCCCCCAAGGGGGGGUCUGCCCCCAGGAUGCCCUCUCUUGGGCCACCCCCACCCAAGACUCUCAAGGGGGUGAAGCUACCAAGAGGGCCCCCUCUGCCAAAUUUCACAGCCAAAGGGAUCUGUAGGGAAGAAGGGGAUUCUUCACAUAUUGGGGGGCCAAAGUGAAGUCCUCCUGUGAGCACUUUGAAUUGGACCUGGAAAUGAAGGGACCACCAAUGCAGCUGUUUUGAAACAGGAAUUAAAUGUGUUCUCAAGGGUGGGCUUCAAUGAGGAGGGGGAGACCCAUGGAUGCUCCUUGAAGAAAAAGAUGGGAAAGACAUGCCCUUCAUAAAGAAAGGGAACCCAGCCAAGGGGACUGGCUGGCAAAGGAGCCGGAGCUGGAAUGGGCACUUGCAACCCCAGUGGGAAUGUGAGCCCCUUCUGUGCUCGCUUUUUAGUGCUGCCCUUUGGCCUGGCCCACGGGGCCCUCAGGGGCUUGUUAUCUGGCCCUCAGAGUAGGGAUGCCACCCCAGUAGUGUGUCUUGAAUGUGCUGGAGAUUCCCAGGGCUAGAAAAUGAGACGGAAGCAGGAAAGAGAUGAACCUUCAAGACCUCACCUGCAGAAGCAUUGGCAGUUAAGAAAAAGAAUACAGUGGUGCCCCGCAAGACGAAUGCCUCGCUAGACGAAAGAGUUUUCCGUUUUUUGAGUCGUUCUGCAAGACGAAUUUCCCUAUGGGCUUGCUUCGCAAGACGAAACGUCUUGCGAGUUUGUUUCCUUUUUCUUAAAGCCGCUAAGCCGUUAAUAGCUGCUAAGCCGCUAAUAGCCGUGCUUCGCAAGACGAAAAAACCGCAAGACGAAGAGACUCGCGGAACGGAUUAAUUUCGUCUUGCGAGGCACCACUGUAAAUGGAAGGAGAAUGGCCCACAUACUGAAUAUUAUUAGAAGGACAGCAGGAUGAACCCACGUUGAAAAAAUGUGAAGAAAUUAAAGGGUAUCUGUCGAAUUGGCUACAAUAUUUUCAAAUACAUCAGAGAUUAAUCAUGGAUAAAUAAGCAGGUCUUACAAAAGAAACAUCAAAAUUUGAAAAAGAAUUGAUACCAAGUAAAGGAAAAUACAUCUCACAGAUAUAUGAUCUACUAUUAGAAUGGGAGGUAAAGGGCAAGCAAGUGAAAGCAGUAAUGCUGAAAAGGGCACAAGACCUGGGUUAUAAUAUUUACAUGGAACAAUGGGGGAAAUUAUGGGGGGAAGAUAUAAAAUUUACAGCCGCAGGGAGAAUAUAUUGAAGAUGAUGUACAGAUGGCACCAAACUCCAGAAAAACUUGCUAAAAUGUACAAGAAUAGAUCACCUAUACGUUGGAGAUGUAAUAGAGAAAUUGGGUCUUACUUGCAUAUGUGGUGGAAGUGUACAGACAUCUUCGUAUUUUGGAAUAACAUACCGUAUUUUUCGCUCCAUAAGACGCACCAGACCACAAGACACACCUAGUUUUUGGAGGAGGAAAACAAGAAAAAAAAGAUUCCGAAUCUCAGAAGCCAGAACAGCAAGAGGGAUCGCUGCGCAGCGAAAGCAGCAAUCCCUCUUGCUGUUCUGACUUCUGGGAUAGCUGCACAGCCUGCAUUCGCCCCAUAAGACACACACACAUUUCCCCUUACUUUUUAGGAGGGAAAAAGUGAGUCUUAUAGAGCAAAAAAUACGGUAUAUCAAGAACUUUAAGAAUUAUUCACAUUUACAUUAAAAAAAUGCCAGAAAUAUUUCUAUUAAGUAUAAUGCCAAAAGAAAAAGGGAAAUCGAAAAGAACUUUGUUCAUGUAUGGGAUAACAGUGGCCAGAAUCUUAGUAGCAAGAAAUUGGAAAAAUAGAGCAAUACCGAACAUGGCGGAUUGGCAAAUCCUAAUGGGAGAAUACCUGCAGCUAGCAAAGACAACAAGAAGGAUAAGAGGCCAAACAAAACAAAUAGCCUAUAAGGAUUGGAGAAUUUUUAAAGAAUACUUUAAAAAUUACGGUAUAAAAGGAAACUUCUUGGCAGAAUUAGACUGAACCUUGCAUUGUAUAAAUAUAAGUUUGUAGGGAAGUUAUCAGAAACUAUAUAAGAAAUAUAUAACUGUGCGGUAUACAGAUAAAGUACAGCGAGACUAAUUGGAAAUCAUUUUCAAUUUCUUGUUUUACAAGUUUUACAAUCGUUCACAUAACUGGGAGUACAAAGGAUGUUAGUUAUAAGAAUUGUGUUGUUUCAUAUAUUGCUACUGUCUGUCAAUUUAUAGUUUGUUUAUUUGAUUGUAUGUUUGAUUGUUGGUUGGUUUGCUUUCCUGGCAUAAAUGCAUCUAUUUUAAAACAAUAAAGAUAUAUAUUUAAAAGAAAAGAAAUGAGCCUCCAAGUAUGAGUGGGAGGGAGAGCAACCCUAAAGGACUCCAGGGUUAGGACCCCCACUCUUGCCUAGUGCCCAGUGUCCUGUACAUCCUGUACAAAUGACCCACUUGUCAAUCACAGUUCUGACCUCUUUCAUUGACAGAAAACACCGAAAGGCAGGAGCAACCAGGCGGAUUCAUCUGACAGAAAUUCCCUGUUUGCUGCACAUUUUGCAUAGUAACUUUCCUUCUAAGAGAGCUAGAUGCUGGCUUCUCCUUUUCCCUUUUUGAAAAAGAAAGUUCAGAGUCCGGGUUGUGUUGCAGCCCAGCCCUGGCUCCUAGCAAGACUCAUCCACGCUUGCUCAAAGAACCUCUUUCGUCUCCUGACCGUGUUUCAAUUUCACAUGUAUUUGCUUUGUAGGAUUUGCAGACGCCUCUGCUUAGGACAGACAGAACUGGACAGAAGAACAAGGGCUUCCUUCUGAUAUCUUGAAGACUUCCUGAGAGCCAGGAUGGAUGAGAAAGACUCAGCUGGCCCUGAAGCAGGAAGAGGCCAUGCCAUCAACACCGGGAGCAGUGAGGGAUUCUGGGAAAGCUCCAUGCAGAAGAUCCUGGGUGAGGAGGACAUUCUCCGCUCAGAUGUGCAGAGACAAAAGUUCAGGCAGUUCUGCUACCAGGAGGCCAAAGGACCCCGUGAGGUUUGCAGCCGCCUCUACUGCCUUGACUGUCAAUGGCUGAAGCCAGAAAGGCACACGAAAGCUGAGAUGCUGGACCUGGUGGUCUUGGAGCAGUUCCUGGCUGUCCUUCCACCACAGAUGGAGAGGUGGGUGCGGGAAUGUGGAGCGGAGACCAGUUCCCAGGCGGUGGCCCUGGCCGAAGGAUUCCUCCUGAGUCAGGCAGAGGAGAGGAAGCAGGCAGAGCAGCAGGUGAGAGAGACUGUCCUCUGGAUAUUCCCAAGGGGCUCUGAACAGGAGGUCGAAUAUCCCAAAAUCCUCUACUGAUUUUUUGGAAAGCAUCCAAGGAAUGAUGUCUGUUAACUCUAAAGUGCUUGCCUCUACCAUUCCUUUUCUAAUCUUUCUCCCUGUUCUCUGUUUUGAAUCCUUGUUGCUCUUUCAGCGGAAGGAUCCGUUUGCAGAAAUGGGCCUGGAUUCCUGUGAGGCAGAGAAGACUCCGUUGGACGCCAGAGAGAGGCCGCUGGGUAAGGAGGAUGGGGGGGUUUUCUCUCAGUUUGGUCACAUUCUGGAAACUAAUCCCUGGAUUACUCUUUGGUGGGAAGACCCUUGGGGCCAAGAGCUCAGAGGAAUCCCGCGAGAUGUAAUUUUGCACAACUAAAAUGUGGAUGGCUGGUGCAUCUGCUCCUGUUCAGACAUGCAGCCUCGCAGGCGUCCAGAGGAUCUUCUGAAAGUGAUCAGAAAGCCCUGCUGAGAACCCCUGGAGGCCUCGCCACCCAAGGGGGGAAGGAAGCAAAGCUGUGCUGUGGGGGGGGGGGAGAGGCAGCCCCCGCCCAGUGCUAAGUUACUGGGAGACCUUCUCCCACCAGCUCCCUCUGCCCAGAGUUCCCUGAGAAGGAGGACAGAUUGCUCACCCACUUGGGGGGGGGGACCCUGACCAUUAGGUCCAGUCACGAACGACUGGGGUUGCGGCGCUCAUCUCACUUUACUGGCAGAGGGAGCCGGCGUACAGCUUCUGGGUCAUGUGGCCAGCAUGACUAAGCCGCUUGUGGCAAACCAGAGCAGCGCACGGAAACGCCGUUUACCUUCCCGCCGGAGUGGUACCUAUUUAUCUACUUGACUUUGACAUGCUUUCGAACUGCUAGGUUGGCAGGGGCUGGGACAGAGCAACGAGAGCUCACCCCGUCGCGGGGAUUCGAACCACUGACCCUCUGAUUGGCAAGUCCUAGACACUGUGGUUUAGACCACAGCGGCACCCGUGUCCCUUGUUUGCAUCCUUAACAAGCUACAAUUCCUGGAUUCUUUGGAGGAAUUCCAUGGCUCUUUAAAGCGAGUGGAUCUUGCUUUGCACCUGGGGGGUGUCUGUCCUGUCCUUUUCUUUUCUUUUCCUUUCGGAAAAAAAACAACCACACUUUUUAUUGGGUUUUAUAAACAAGGGUCGUAAGACGAAUAAAGCAUACAAAUAAAUAGACCGAGUCUUCUCAUGUCAUUUGUAGAUCACUGGAUAAGCAUAAAAAUUUGGUUAUUAUGCUAAAGCCAAUUUGGUUGCCCAUAAAGGAGGGCGACUCCUACUGUACUUGCUUUGGCCCCGCCCACAUGGCCCUUAAGGGGCUGGCCAGAAAUUAAAUAUAUAGCCCUCAGAAUAAAGAAAAAGGGACCUCACCCCAGUAGUAUAUAUUGAGAAUGUUGGGGAUUCCAGGUGCUAGGAAAUGAAGCACAAUCGGUGCAAAUGACUAACUCGUCAGUCACUGUUCUGACUUCAUUCACUGACUGAAAACACUGAAAGGCAGGAGCAACUAGGCUGUGUCACCUCACAGAAAUCCCUUCAGUUGCCUCUACGUUUUGCAUUAUAAAUUCCCUUCUACGUUUCCUCCUCCUCCUCCUCCUCUUCUUCUUCUUCUUGGCUGUGGUGCAGUCCAGCCCUGGUUCCUCAAGACUCAUCCAUGCUUCUUGAGAGAACACUUUUCUUCUCCUCAUCAUGUUUCGAUUUUAUAACAGAUCAAUGUAUUUGCUUUGUAGGAUCUGGUAGCACAUCUCCUUUGGACAGGCGGAACUUAGCAGAAGACGAAAGGGAUUCUUUCCGAUCUCUUGGAGCCUUCUUGGAUGAGCAAGAGUCAACUGGCCCAGAAGCAGGAAGAGGUCAGGCCAUCCAAAAUGGCGGGUUGUGGAAGACCUCAGUGCAGCAGAUCCUGGAUGAGGAGGACACUCUGUGCUCAGAUGUGCAGAGCCAGCAGUUCAGGCAGUUCUGCUACCAGGAGACUGAAGGACCCCAAGAAGUUUGCAAAAGACUCUACCGCCUUUACCAUCAGUGGCUGAAGCCAGAAAGGCACACCAAAGCUGAGAUGCUGGACCUGGUGAUCUUGGAGCAGUUCCUGGCUGUCCUUCCACCACAGAUGGAGAGCUGGGUGAGGGAAUGUGGAGCGGAGACCAGUUCCCAGGCGGUGGCCCUGGCCGAAGGAUUCCUCCUGAGUCAGGCAGAGGAGAGGAAGCAGGCAGAGCAGCAGGUGAGAGAGACUUUCCUCUGGAUUCUCCCAAGGGGCUCUGAACAGGAGGGAGAACAUCAUCACAACACUCUCUACUAUUGGCUCAUCCAUUUUUGGAAAGCAUCCAAUGAGUGUUAUUUGGUACCCCUAAAAGAUUUUGUCUCUGCUGUUCCUUUUCUAAUCCUUCUCCCCGUUUUGAACCCUUCCUGCUCUUUCAGGGAAAGGACUCAUCUGAGGCAGAGAGGACUCCAUCUGACAACAGAGAGAGGCCAUUGGGUAAGGAGAAAUCAGGGUGUCCCGUCCCCCUGGUUUGGUCACAUUCUGUGGCUUUUGAAACUAAUCUGUGGGUUCUUUUAAUCUUUUGUGGAAGACGCUUGGGACCAAGAGCCCAAAGGAGGCGAGAGCUAGUUUUGCCCAACUAAAAUAUGAAGUGGGUGCAAACGUCAAAAUGCAGUCAGCAGGGGAGAUUUCUUUUUCAAAGGUCCAUCUGAAGUGAGAGCGACACAGAUUCAGGGCUCCCCACUUACCUUGCUCUCUCGCAGGUGACAGAAGGGUGCCAGCAAGACCUCCAAGUCCGUCUUCUCCUGGCAGCAGAGAGGAAGCAGCGGCUGUGGAAACAGAUCAGGUAGCGGGAAGGAGCCUUGCGGGGAAAGAGGCCGGGGGGGGGCUGCCAGGGGGAACGAAUCUCUCUCCUCCUCUUGGCUUCUGUCAAAAAUGCCCUCAACGAAGGAUGAAAACGCCAUUUGAGAAGGUUUCUGUGCUGAGAAUAAGGAACAGAAUUGGGAUUCCAGAUUCCCCUAACGGGGCUUCCCCUGCUCUCCGCCCUUUCCCUGUGUCCCCGUGAUUCCUUGGAAGUUGGCUUUAGGGAAUCGGGAGGUUCCCCCCCUCCAAAAACAGAGGGGAUCUUUCUGCCCAGCAAUGCUUCUGCAGGCAGAAUGAUUUGAAGAAGGAAGGCAAUGUGGAGUUGCACCCAUUUACACAAAGGUUAGUAAAGGUAAAGGGACCCCUGACCAUUAAGUCCAGUCGCGGACGAGUCUGGGGUUGCGGCGCUCAUCUCGCUUUAUUGGCCGAGGGAGCCGGCGUACAGCUUCUGGGUCAUGUGGCCAGCAUGACUAAGCCGCUUCUGGUGAACCAGAGGAAAUGCCAUUUACCUUCCCACCGGAGCGGGACCUACUUAUCUACUUGGACUUUGAUGUGCUUUCGAACUGCUAGGUUGGCAGGAGCAGGGACCGAGCAACGGGAGCUCACCCCGUUGUGGGGAUUCAGACAGCCGACCUUCUGAUCAGCAAGUCCUAGGCUCUGUGGUUUAACCCACAGCGCCACCCGUGUCCCUAAAGGUUAAUACCCAUCAUUAAAACACACAGUAAAUGAAUUCCAUUAAGACAGCAAGAGCUGUUGGACAGUGGACUGGUCUCCCUUGGGAGGUUUUUCAGCAGAGGUUGGGUGGCCGUCUGUCAAUGAUGCUUCAGCUGAGAUUCCUGCAUUGCAGCGGGGUGGACUAGAGGACCCUUGGGGUCGCUUCCAACUCUAUGAUUUUAUGAUUCUAAGACAGAGGUCGGCAACGUGUGGCCCAUGGGACAGAUGCAGCCCACAAAGACCGUUUUACCGGCCCACGUGCCGCCCCUGAACAGAGCUGCCUCCCUGGCAAGGCACCCGCACACUGCGCUAAACCAGCACCGCAUGGCGCGGGGACUCACCAAGCGGCACCGGAAAUUGUGUCUGCGCAUGCACAGAUACUGGAAAUCACGUCUGGGCAUGUCCAGAUGCCGGAAAUCGUUUCUGCGCAGGCACAAUUUCUGGCAUCUGGGCAUGUGCAGAUGCGAUUUCUGGCGUCGUGCUGCGCCAGUCCAGCCCACGGACGAUUUCCAUGGGAGUGAUCCGGCCCACGGCCGGUAAACCUUGCCAACCCCUCUUCUAAGACAUUAAGCAUAACUGAAAUGUGAAGCAGUUCCAUGAAAACAACAAAGCAAUGAUCAGGCAGAAAACAGCCAUAUGUAGUCGAUAAUCAGUGUGCUGCUAAGAUCCUUUUCCUUUUCCUGGAAGGGUCCGGUGUGCUUUGAAGACGUAGCUGUCCAUUUCACAGAGGAGGAAUGGGCGUUGCUGGAUCCUGACCAGAGAGCUCUGCAUGAGGAAGUCAUGGAGGAACAUCAUGGGAUCCUGGACUCUCUGGGUAAGGCCCCCUGAUGGAUCACAAUACCCGUUUUGAAAUUCCAUACAUAUCUCUAGGUGAUGAACUCCCCAGAUUUUGCUGGAGCUCCACUGUGCCGCCUGUUCGAAUCUGGGAUGCUGACACCCCCACAUCAAACCUUGAAUGGAGGGGUAUCCACUCUUUGGUCUGUGCAUCUUCUUCCUCCAGUUUUGCCUUUUUAAACCUUGAUCAGGCUGGUCUUUACUGCCCAGGCCUUUUUAAAGAUAGGCUUCAGGGCUUCUUCUGCCAGUUUUUUGGUUGGCCAAAGACAUGACUGAUAUUGGAGAUGGCGUGGAUUCCAUUACUGGGCCAAACAAAAUCCAUCCCAGUUAAGAGCCAGGCUUUUCAGAUUUCAGUUUCCCAUAGAUAUGCCUGUUAAUGCCAGUCGACAAAGGCCGUCAGCCCUGUAGAAAGACUCUGCAUCUGACUCCUUUGUUCUUCCUCUAUCACAAUUCAUGUUAAUAAGCAUUGUUCAGUGAUAUGGGGCUCCAUGUUUACCUCUUUUUAAAUUGUAUUUUUUAUAAUUUUUGUUUUUCGGUUUUUCAAAAAUUCACAGACAUACAGAUUACAAAAACACAAAUCACAUACAUUUCCAAUACGCAUAUAUUUGACUUCCCUCCUCCCCUUUUGUGGUUCCUUUUUAAUUUUAAUAUUGCAUUUUCCACAUUACUCCAUUUUUUUGUAAUUCUUUAUUUUCUCCUAAUAUGUUUAAUUGCUUGUAUUGCGAUAACCCUGCUAGUGAGCUUAUUUGCAUAGAUGAGUUUUCCAGAUAUUCCACAAUUUCCCCCCAAUCUUUAAUAAAAACCUUGCCAUUUUGGCAUAAUCCAUUAAUUCUGCCAGCCCCUCUUUCUUGGCUGGCACUUCAUCUUCUUUCCAUCUCUGGGCAAAAACCAUUCUAGCUGCAGUUGUGACAUACAUACACAAUUUUUUUUGGUCUUUUGGAAUCUCAGUGCCUACCACCCCUAGAAGAAAAGCAGCUGGGUUUUUACUAAAAGUUAUCUUAAAAAUUUUUUUCAAUUUAAGCUUUUACUCUCUUACAAGACCACCACAUAUAGUAAAAGUACCUUCUUUUUCUUUACGUUUUCAGCAUAUGUUUUUUUAUUUAUACAUUUUUGCCAAUCUACUAGGAGCUAAAUACCAUCUAUACAUCAAUUUCAUGUAGUUUUCUUACAGUGUAUAACAUGCUGUAAACUUAAAAUCUACAUUCCACAACUUCUCCCAUGCGGCCAUUUCAAUAUUAUGGUCUACAUUUCUUGCCCAGUGAAUUAUAACCGACUUCACCUGCUCGCCUUUCAUCUCCCAUUCCAAUAAUAAUUUAUACAUUUUGGAAAUCACUUUGUCAUUAUUCCCUAGUAACUCUUUCAAAUUGCGAGGUUUGAUUUAAAAAACCCAAUCUUUUUAUCCACCUUGAAAACUUCAUUAAGUUGAAAAUAUUGUAACCAAUCUGUUACUUGUUGAUCUACUUCUUCAAACCUCUUUAAGGUUAUUUCCCAGUCCUUUUCUGUUAAUAAAUCCCUACAUGUUGCCCAGUCCCACUUCAGACUCCUUUUUCCCCCACUGAUAUCGCUUCCAAAAUCCAAAACCUGAGUAGUAUGCAAUGUCAACCAUUCCUUUAACCAGCAAAGACAGGAUGCCUCAUAAUAUAAUCUUAAGUCUGGCAGGGAGAAUCCAACUCUCCUUCAAAUCCACUAGUAAUUUAUAUUUCGUUCUUGGUUUCCUCCCCUGCCAGAUAAAUCUCAUAAUAUCUCUUUGCCAUUCCUUGAAGCAUCCUGUGUUGCUGAUCAUUGGAAUUGUUUGAAAAAAAAUAUAGCAUUUUUGGUAGCACAUUCAUCUUUAUGGUUGAUAUUCUUCCUAACAUAUAUUAAUAAUAAUAAUAAUAAUAAUAAUAAUAGUAAUAAUAAUAAGUGGUUGCCCCAACCACUCUGGGCAGCUUCCAACACACAUAAAAAUAAAUGAUCCAAGUCUCACAACCUCCUAAAAAAAUAAAUUCAUGUUCUUAAUUUAGUCUUUAGCAGUUAUGCGUUAUAUUCCAAAGUCCGUCCCCCCCCCCGCAAAUUAGUUGCAUGCAGAUCAAAACCCCACAGCCAGAGCAGACCUUUAUUUACACUCCAACCUCGUGCCAAAGUAAUUCUGAAUUUCUUUAAAUUAUGCCCAAUCAAAUUAAAACAUCUUUGGCUUUUACCAUUUUAUGGAAGAUUUACCGCUACUGCAUGGAGCUCAAGGCUUCUCACCACGGAGUUUUGCUGCUGCCUUGUGUCUGCGGCUCAGUCUCAGCCCACCCCCAACUUCUUUCGGAGCUGAGAAACGGGAGAGAGAGCUCCCACCCAACGCUGCUGGACCCUUUGGAACCCAAAUAAAUCCUUUGGGUGUUUAUGGGAUGCACAGUGCCCCAGUGCGUUUCCCAACACUCUCGCAGCAAGAGAGCUGCUUAGGAGAAAGCGAAAUCGCCAUCCAUCGCCAUUACGCGGCAAACCGGAAGUUCAGGGCUCCUUGUCUUCCUGAGGUUCUAAUCCAUUUCUCCAUUGCAGGUGGUGAUGAAUUAGAAAUUAAGAACAAGGAAGACGAUGACAAAGUCCACACAGUGGAGGAGACAUAUCAAUAUUCAGAGUGUGAAGUCAGCUUCAGUCAGAGCUCCGAUUCCACUUCCCAUCAAAAUAUCAUUGAGAAUAAACCCUACCAGUGCUUCGAAUGUGGAAAGAGCUUCAGUCACAGCCACCAUCUCACUUCCCAUCAAAGAAUUCAUACCGGGGAGAAACCAUAUCAGUGCUUGGAAUGUGGAAAGAGCUUCGGUCAGUGUGCCCACCUCGCUGCCCAUCAAAGAAUUCAUACAGGGGAGAAAUCGUAUCAGUGCUUGGCAUGUGGAAAGAACUUCAGUCAGAGUUCCCAUCUCACUGCCCAUCAAAGAAGUCAUACAGGAGAGAGACCGUAUCAGUGCCUGGAAUGUGGAAAGAGCUUCAGUCACAGCACCCAUCUCACUGCCCAUCAAAUAAUUCAUACAGGGGAGAAACCAUAUCAGUGCUUGGUAUGUGGAAAGAGCUUCAGUCAAAGCGGCCAUCUCACUGCCCAUCAAAGAAUUCAUACUGGAGAGAAACCAUAUCAGUGUUUGGAAUGUGGGAAGAACUUUGGUCAGAAAGCCCAUCUUCUUUCCCACCAAAGAAUUCAUACAGGGGGGAAACCAUAUCAGUGCGUGGAAUGUGGAAAGAGCUUCGGUCAGAGGUCCAAUCUCGCUGCCCAUCAGAUAAUCCAUACAGGGGAGAAACCCUACAAGUGCUUGGAAUGUGGAAAGAGCUUCAAUCGCAGCGCCACUCUCUCUGACCAUCAAAGAACUCACAGCAGGGAAGAAUUGUAUAAAUGCUUGGAAUGUGGAAGGACCUUCACCUGGAAGCAAAGUCUCAUUACCCAUCAAAGAAUUCAUACAGGAGAGAAACCGUAUCAGUGCUUGGAAUGUGGAAAGAGCUUCAGUCACAGCACCGGUCUCUCUUUCCACCAAAGAAUUCAUACCGGGGAGAAACCCUAUCAGUGCUCAGUUUGCGAAAAGAGCUUCAGUCAGAGCAGCCAUCUCACUUCCCAUCAAAGAAUUCAUACAGGGGGGAGACCCUACCAGUGCUCCUUUUGUGAAAAGAGCUUCAGUCAGAGCAGCCAACUCACUUGCCAUCAAAGAAUUCAUACAGGGGAGAAGCCCUAUCAAUGUUCGGAAUGUGGGAAGAGCUUCAAUCGCAGUCACCAUCUUGCUUGCCAUCAAACCAUUCAUACUGGAGAGAAACCAUAUAAAUGCCUCGAAUGUGGAAAGAGUUUUAAUACAAGCACAGCAUUCAAUAGUCAUCAACGUAUUCAUGGCGGGGAGAAACCAUUUCAGUGCCAAGAGUGUGGAAAGAGAUUCACCUGGAAGCAAAGUCUCAUGGCCCAUCAAAAAAUUCAUACAGGGGAGAAACCGUACCAGUGCUUGGAAUGUGGAAAGCGCUUCCGUCGGAAGACGCAUCUCACUGCUCACCAGAUAACUCACAGCAGGGAGAAAACCAACGAUGGCUGUGUAUGAAAUUCUAAGAAACUUUAAUUAGUAGGCAGUUGAGGAUUGCAGCAGUGUUCUUGUCCUUCGGCAUCCCAGCAAAUAAGUCAGCCUUGGCUCAGUACCAUGGAGCCACCCUCAGGGCCAAUAUUCCUUCUUACUAUACACGCAAGGUACAAGUCAUUGGCAUAGAUGUUGAAUAGCUUUUCCCUGACACGUCUGGGAGGAGGGUCAAUAGCAAUUUGGAAGCAGUGAUGAGGUUGCUAUUGAUGCUGGGAAGACGUUGGCAAGCAAUUCAUAUACUUCCACUUCAAAAGCCUCCAAGUUGCAAAUUGGUGGUGCUACUUGUUUUCUCUUGCUCCACAGAGUUGGACCCAAAGAUAUAAGAAAGGAGAUUUUAACACCAGGAAGAACUUUCUUGUAACUUGAAGCCAUUGGUUUGAGUCCUACCCUCCAGAGCAGGAGAAAACAAGCAUGUUCCCUCUCCCAUGAGAUAGCCCUGUAGAUAUUGGAAGAUGGCUAUCAUAUCUACUCUCACUCUCCUCUUUUCCAGGCUAAACAUACCAAGUUUCUUCAACCAUUCCUCGUAAGGCUUAGUUCCAAACCCUUCAUCAUCUUGGUUGCUCUCUGCACAGCUUCCAGCUUGUCAACAUCCUUCUUAAAUCGUGGUGCCCAGAAUUGAACAUAAUAUUCCAGGUGUGGUCUGACCAAGGCAGAAUAGAGUGGGGCUUCCCUUGAUCUGGACAGUAGACCUCGAUUGAUGGAGCUUAGAAUAGUGUUAAUCUUUUUUGCUGCUGCAUCACACUGUUGACUCAUGUUAAGCUUGUUGUCCACCAAGAACCUUAGAUGCUGUACUGCUUGUAAGCCAGGUGUCCCCUGUCUUAUAUUUCUGCAUCUGGUUCUUCCUUCUGAAGUACAGAACCUUACAUUGAUCCUUCUUGAAAUUUAUUUUGUUAGCUUGGUCCCAAUUCUCCAAUCUGUUAAGGUCAUUUUGAAUCCCAGUACUGUCUUCUCUGUUAUCAGCUGUCACUCACAAUUUGGUGUCAUCAGCAAAUUUCAUAAGCAUCUCCUCAGUUUCUUCAUCCAAGUUAUUUAAAAAGACAUUGAAGAACAACAAGCCUAGGACAGAAGCCUGCGGCACCCCACUUGUCACUCUUUUCCAGGAUGAUGAGGAACCAUUAGCGAGAACUCUGUGGGUUCGGUCAGUCAACCAACUACAAAUCCACCUAACAGUUACCUCGUUCAACCCAUAUUUUAACAGUUCCCUCGCAAGAAUAUCAUGGGGGAAUUUGUCAAAAACCUUACUGAAAUCAAGAUACACUCUGUCCACAGCAUUCCCCUGAUCCACCAAGCUUGUAACUCUUUAUCAAAAAGAAAGAAAAGAGAUUCAUCUGGCAUGACUUAUUUUUUGAGAAAGCCACGCUGGGUCUUAAUAUUUUCUAAGUGUUCAAAGACUGACUGUUUAAUUAUAUUUCCCAGGCCCUUUCCUGGCAUCGGUGUCAGGCUCACCAGUCUGAGCUUUUGCCUGCCUGACCUUCACCCUUGAACUGCUGGCUACUCAUCUAUACACCUCCUUUGUGAUUUCCCCUUUAUUCCCUUUAUUAUGUAUGCCCUUCUUAAAUAUCAGCUCCUUAUGCAGCCACAUGGGUUUCCUUAGAUGCCUCCCACUUUUAUUUCUUGUUGGAAUUGUAUGCAUUUGGGCCUUCAGUAGUUCACCUUUUAGAAACUCCCAUCCAUCUUGGACACCCUUCCCUGAAUAUUUCUUACAAUGGGAUCUCACCUAGUAUCCUUAAGCUUUUUGAAAUUGGCAUUCUUAAAGUCCAGAGUGCAUGGACUACUGCAAUGCACUCUCCAUGGGGCUACCUUUGAAGGUGUCCCAUUAACUGCAACUAAUCCAGAAUGCGACAACUAGACGGGGGACUGGGAGUGGCUGCUGAGACCAUAUUACACCGGUCCUGAAAGACCUACAUUGGUUCCCUGUACAUUUCCGAACACAAUUCAAAGUGUUGGUGCUGACCUUUAAAGCCCUAAACGGCCUCGGUCCAGUAGACCGGAAGGAGCGUCUCCACCCUCAUCGUUCUGCCUGGACACUGAGGUCCAGCUCCAAGGGCCUUCUGGCGGUUCCCUCCCUGCGAGAAGUGAGGUGACAGGGAACCAGGCAGAGGGCCUUCUCGGUGGUGGCGCCUGCCCUAUAGAACGCCCUCCCAUCAGAUGUCAAGGAGAUAAAGAACUACAUAACUUUUAGAAGACAUCUGAAGGCAGCCCUGUUUAGGGAAGUUUUUGAUGUUUGAUGUUUGAUUGCUUUUUAUUAAUAUUCUAUUGGGAGCUGCCCAGAGUGGCUGGGGAAACCCAGACAGAUGGGCGGGGUAUAAAAAAUGAUGAUGAUGAUGAUGUCUGACUACACUCCGCUUUCCCUUGCCUCUGUAUCAUGAAACCCAGGAGAUGAUCACUUUCUCCCAAGUUUCCCAGUAAUUUGAUCAACCAGUUCCUUGCUAUUGGUGAGGAACAGGUCCAAGAAAGAUUACCCCCUUGUUGCUUCUUCCACCUUCUCGGAAAUGAAAUCAUCAGCAAGGCAACAGAGGAAUUUGUCAGACCUUCCAUUCAUGGCCGAAUUUGAGUUCCAGCAGAUAUUGGGGUUGUUGAAGUCUUCCAUGACUACUGUAUCUUUUUCAAAUGUGUGGGAAUCUUCUAUUGGAAGGCAUCAUAGAAGUCUUCAGUCUGGCUUGGAGACCCUCACAGUAAGGUCACUGUUGUAUCUCCUACAAUUUUUACCCAUUGUCACAAGGCUGGCAGGGAAAUGCUGUGUCUCCACAGGUCAGGAAAAAGCUGGAGGCUAGGAAUGCAGUUGACUUUGAUCCACAGAAAGUAACAGCAGGGUCUCCCUGGCUUGACUCCUUCAGCUUGAGAUGUUGCUGGAAACUGACCUCUGGUCAUGCCUUCCCCCUCCAGCCACUCACUCUGGAGCCCUCCCCAAUAGAUGGAGACUGCGACGUGGGGGUGAGCUCCUCUUCUGGACCUGUCUAGCCCUUUGCUGAGCAACAUGAAGGACUCUCUGGGAGCGAGGUGUGAGAGGAGGAGAACCAGCAGGACUGAGACUGAUUCCUCCCCGUCUGCGAUUUAUCUGGCAGGGGAAGAAGCCAAUAAUUAAAUAUAAAAUAUUGAUGGAUAAUAAAGAAAGAUGCGGAUUCGCACUGCCAGACCUUAGAUUAUAUUAUGAAGCCUCCUGUUUGUGUUGGCUAACAGAAUUGGUAACAUCUAAAAAUGUCAGACUAUUAGAUUUGGAAGGAUACAGUAGGCGAUUUGGAUGACAUGCGUAACUGGCAUGCUGAAAUAAAAGUUCAUAAAGACUUUUUGAAUCAUAGUAUAAGAAAGAGUCUAUAUCAGGGGUCAGCAAACUUUUUCAGCAGGGGGCUGGUCCACUGUCCCUCAGACCUUGUGGGGGGCCGGACUAUAUUUUGAAAAAAAAAAUGAACGAAUUCCUAUGCCCCACAAAUAACUCAAGAGAUGCAUUUUCAAUAAAAGGACACAUUCUGCUCAUGUAAAAACACACUGAUUCCCGGAUCGUCUGCAGGCUGGAUUUAGAAGGGGAUUGGGCUGGAUCUGGCCCCCGGGCCUUAGUUUGCCUACCCAUGGUCUAUAUGGUGUUUGGGAGAGAAUUUGUUGGGAAGAAAAACACUGUCAUGGCUCUCCCCCAUCAAAGCAAGUACCCAAAAGGAAACUCAUGUGGAAAGGAAACGGGGUACUUUUAGAGAUAUAUUGACUUUUGCUGAUGCUGGUUUUAAACUAGAAGAUAUCAAGGACUGAGUACAAGACUGCUUCCAAUAUUAUCAAGCUAACAAAAUGUUUAAGAAAGGUAUCGUGAAUGGCUUGAAAGGAGUUCAUUGGAAGAUAAUGAGAAGUUAAUUUCAAAAAUGUAUAAAUACUUUUGGAAUGGGAAUCCAAGGAUGACUUGGUUAAAGCAGUAAUGAUACAUUGGGCAAGAGACUUAAGACGUAAUAUAGAACUGGCUUUGUGGGAAAUUCACAGCUUGCUAUACCUUUAAGAGAAAAUUAUAUGAAGAUUUAUAGAUGGUAUAUGACACCAAAUAAAUUAGCCGAAAUGUAUAAAACAAAGUCGAGUGUGUGUUGGAAAUGUAAAACAACAGAAGGAACAUUCCAUAUGUGGUGAACUUGCAAAAAAGUGAAGGCCUAUUGGGAAAUGAUUUAUAAUGAGAUAAAAAAGAUGUUUAAGAUGAUGUUCCCCAAGAAACACAAAGCUUUUCUUUUAGGGAUUAUAGAAACAGAUAUACCAAAAGAGUUGGUUAAUUUGUUUAUGUAUGCAACGACAUACAUUCUUAUGCUCAAAAAUGGAAAGAGAAAGUUGUCCCAACAAAGGAAGAAUGGCUUAUUAGAAUGAUGGGAUGUGCAGAACUGGCAAAGCCAACAGCAAAACUUAAAAGAUAAAAAUGAUGAAACAUUCUUUGAGGAUGGGAAAUCUUUCAUAGAAUAGCUAAAAAACUAUUGCAUGAAAACGUGAGUAGGAUUUGAAAUAUGAGCAACAGUAGAAAGACAUUAAGGCUAAUAACUCCGGAUGUACAUGUGGAGUGUUGUAAGUUAAAAUAUGCAGCAUUAAAGGAUAAACGUGGAACUUCAUGGAGGAGGGGACAGCAGGUCAGUGGAUAAAUUAAAAGUAUUGUUGAUGGUAAAGUAUGUAACCUUUUGAAAACUAAAUAAAACAAAAUUUAAUGGACAGCUGGCCAAUCACAUGUGAGAUCUGCCUACAGAAGAGUGGCCACGACUGGAGAAGAUUAAUUCUAGCAGGCUCUGCAACCCUGCAAAACCUGAGGCCAGACCUUGCAAAUCCCAGGCAAGUGGCUCCCCACUGAGGUGAUAAUUGCCGCCAUGGCCUAAAGCGAACUAAGGGAAAAUACCAGUUCACAAUAUCACCCAAUACUGUACCAGAUUAGUCUACAGGGAAAUUGAAUAAAUUAACACAAAAACCCGUUUGACUGAUUCACCUCAUUCCAAUGGUGGGGGGGACAAGAACCAUGACAUGGGCAGCUUACAGUUUACCAUAAUCUCUGAGAUGGACCACCGCAUACUCAGGAUACCCCUCCCAGUUGCCAAACCAGGUGUCCUGGUCCCAGCAGAGGGACCAGAUUACACUUUGUUGAAGGGAUACUUCCCACUUGAGUAGAAAUCAUAUAUCAAACAAUGGAAAGCUCUUUAAUCUGAGCAGGCUGAACGCCCUCCCAUCAGAUGUCAAGGAAAUAAACUAUCUGAUUUUUUCAAGGCAGCCCUGUUUAGGGAAGUUUUUAAUGUUUGAUCUCUCAUUGCUAUUAUUAUUAUUAUUAUUAUUAUUAUUCCAUUGGAAGCCACCCAGAGUGGCUUGGGAAAUCCAGCCAGAUGGGUGGGGUAUAAUAAUUAUUAUUAUUAUCAUUAUCAUUAUUAUUAACUUCCAUCAUGGAGCUUCAGUAUGCUGAGGACAACGUAGUGUGCGCACACUCAGAGGAUGACCUCCAAACCAUCCUAAUUAUCUUCGCAGAAGCUUACAAAAAGCUUGGCCUAUCGCUCAACAUCCAAAAAACCAAAGUGCUGCACCAAAAAGCACAAAAUAUCCCCUCUACAGCACCACAAAUCCAACUCAGUGGUUUAACCCUGGAAAAUGUCAAUCACUUCUCCCACCUGGGCAGUUAUCUUUCCACAAGGGCCGACAUUGAGGCUGAAAUCCAGCUCCACCUGAGUCUGUAGUGCGGCUUUCUCCUGAUUGAAGUGCGGAGUGUUUGAGGACCGGGACAUUCGCAGGGAAACCAAAACGCUUGUUUACAAAGCUGUUGUACUACCAACCUUACUGUAUGCACAUGAAACAUGGACCACUUACAAAUGCCAUCUCCAACUCUGAAAGAUUCCAUCAACGGUGUAUCUGAAAAAUGUUACACAUCACUUGGGAAGACAGGCGAAUUAAUGCCAGUACUGGAAGAAGCAAAGAUCACCAGUGUUGAAGCAAUGAUUCUUCAACAUCAACUUUGUUGGACUGGUCAUGUUGUUCAGAUGCCUGGUUAUUGUCUUCCAAAGCAACUCCUCUAUUCCGAACUUAAAAAUGGAAAGUGUAAUGCUGGUGGUUAACAAAAGAGGUUUAAAGACUCUCUCAAGGCAGGUAGAUAGCCAUGUUGGUCUGCUGUAGUUUAAACCAAAUAAAAAAAAUCCUUCCAGUAG